AUGAAGGAGCUCCAAUUGAUGUAUUUAGCGUUGCUGGAUCAAACGCUUGGGUACAGGGAGAUCCCACUCGUGAGACUCUUGAACGGGCUGUUUUCACUAACUUCUGGAGUCGAUUACACGUUAGUCAAUUCCUUCCACUUGCUUCUUCUCCAAACUUUGCUUCACCAUGUUUCUGGAAAUUUGCAGCUGGUUAUGAACAAGGAAAAUGGCUUUUCCUUGGAGGUGUUUCUCACCAUUGGCCGUGCUAUGAAGAAAGGUGGUAAUAUUGUGAUGUGGAUAGAGGCAGCUCCCAAGGAGCUAGCUAUGAGACAUUACGCUAGUCUCAAGAAAGUCUGUAGCGAUUUCCUAAAGAUAAUUGGCUUUCUUCUUCUGCGAACGACUCACAAGCGUCUCAUUGAGAGCAAAGAGGCAUGGGCAAUACUAAACUUGAAGUUUUCCAAGUUGUGUGAUGCGGGGAUGGCAAUUGAGCUACCGAGAGAGGGCCCAAAGGAGUUUCUUGACGACUUCAUGGAGUCUGCAGGCGUGCCGUUGAUCAAAGCAUCAGAUAUGGUGAGUUCCAUGAACCCUUCACAAUGCCUUAGCCAUGUAAUGCAAGAGCUAGGGAUUCUGGCGUCUUCUUCCUUGAAGCCUUCUCAGCUCUUUUCUAAAAUCGUCUCACAUUUGCCGUCACUACUGCCGUCUAAAGAGAGUAUCCACAUAUACGAAUGCACGCUUGUUGCAUUUCGUGAUGAUAAAGGCAUCGAUUUGAAAGCCUUUUUGAAGAGUCUCAUUCAAUUCACGGGCUCCUGCCAGUCUAAUUCCCUCCUCAAUAGACUUCUACAAUCAGUAUUGCCUAUGGCAUUCGAAGUCUUUGGAAGGAACGAACAGCUAGUUUCCCUUUGCCUAAAGUACGGUAAGGAUAAGAAAAACGACGAGGCACUUCUUUUAGCAGUUAGAAAUCUACCCAAAUCCACCGCUUUGUCCAAAGCACAAACUUUGAGAGAGCUUGCACUUCUGCGUAUCAUCGAAGGACGUGAGUCCGAAGAAUGUAUAGAUGUUGCAAUCAACUAUUUAAAUGACCUUGAAGUCCUUGAUUUGUCCGAGGAAAGCAAAGACACAAUCAUUCCAUCCAGUGUACUCAAUGCCCUACUCCAAGCGGAAAGAAGAAGACUUUUAGAGAGAAUCAAAAUGGUUCGAUGGGAAGAUCUGAAAAAGGAGCUUCUCCUUUGUCAGCUUGCACAGACCUCUGAUACAAAUGAUAUUAUCAUCGACAUUUAUAAUGUUAUCGCGAUAAAGGACUCUACCAUCAAACUUUCAUGUCAACUAGAACUUGAAAAGCUUACUCGCAAGUGUUUUUCACUAACGGAAGCAAAGACUUCCACAGAACAGCUUCUACAUGGCGCUGUUUUGACAAACCGUCUCAAGUAUGUAUCGGGACCACUAAAACCUUUGAUAGCAAAGGUUUAUCACCACUUGAAGUUGUGGUUGGACCACGAUGAACAUCAUAAGAUUAGUGUCUUCAUCGACGCCAUGUGGUCGUUGUACCACAGCGGCUUUCACGCAUUAACUUUGCGGCUUUUAGAGUCUAGUAUGAACUCUUGUGCAUUUCCAACGAGCUCAACUUUGAGCCUUAAGCUUCUCACAUUACGGUGUUUGAAUGCACUUGGCGACUACGAGCAGAUGGCCAAUGAACUUGGCUCUGCCGGUAAGUUGAUGAGGGAAAUGGCAGAUAAGAAUAUCUUCAUUGAGAUAACCAGUUUAGUACAAUGGAAAUUGCAUCAACUUGACUACUUCAUCAAUACAUCCAGCAAUCAAAAAGCUCAAGCAAAAGUCGACGAAAUCACCAAAUUUCUCCAGCACAAGCCAGAGUUUAAUCUUGAGUCGGGAAAAAGUACUCUCUCAUUAACUCAAACAAUAUCCUGCUUACUUCUAAACGCUCACUUUCUCAAGCUGACUGCUGAGCUUCAAAUCAGAAACUGGGAUUACUCUUCAUCAUUGAAGAAUAUCAAGCUUGCGAUAAAAAUCCUUGUCUCUAUUCUAAGAAAGUCAAUUGUGGUGAAGCGUCAAAAAUGCGACACUAUCAGCUUCCUUAUUUCUUGUUAUACGCAAGGCUUCAAGCUAUCUCGACUACUUGGUGCUCUGUGCGAGGCUUGUAACAUGCUUGCAGAGUUGAGCACAUUGAUCGAUACCUUGGAUGACCAGGUUAUCAGGAGCUUCAAUCAAUUUAAAUUAGCAAAGCUCUACGCACUUGUUGGAGAGAUGGAGAAGAGCAGCGAAAGCUACGAAAUGGCGUCGAGGUGUGUCGAGAAAUGUGAUAUCGUCUCGCUCGAUGUCAUGAGAUUGGAGGCUUCAUUCUCAAUUAAUGCAUUAAAUGGCGAAGCUUUGAAAGCAAGACGUAUAAAAGAUCAAAUCAUCAAAUUACUCCAGACAAUUGACUGGUCUUCAGAAGCAUUCUCUCUCAAGCAAGUCGAAAUCAUUCUUUGUGAAAGUGACACUUUACUAUCAGUGGAGGAUUCCUUUUUCAUGACGUUGACUCGGAAGUACAGCUCGAGGAAAGAAAUUCUUCUCAAUGCUAUCUUAACGGCGAAGCAGGAGCUCCAGGAUGUGAGAAACACGGUGAAAUUAAGUCUUUCAAGGCAAGCUUUGCCAACAGGUUUAAACUUCACCAAAGCGAAGAAUGAUGACGAAUUUGCACUCAUAGAUAAGCUUCUUGACUGCAAGGACGCCCUCCUCAAAUUUCUCGAGCGCAAUUUUUCACAGUCGCUUGGUGUUGAAGAAGUGAGAGAAUUACAAGACGUCACCACAAGAUGUAUCUUCACAUUAUCACAAUUUACCGUUUUGAAACAGGAUAAUUCUCAAACUCUUCUCAGAGAUAUUUAUUUCUUACAGGAUAUUCCACGACAGCUUCCAUACAAUUCUUUCCCGCUCAUUUACGGAUAUAAACAGGGAGAGAACGGCCUCAUGCCUGUCUCAGAAAUCACAUUUCAAAAUAACAUGAUUUUGAGAGAUAAUUUUUACCACAGGGCACACCAUCUAUUUCCUGAAAACUACCUUGUUGUAACUAUAGAUGUCUGCGCUCAAACGGGAGAUCUUAUAUUGAGCAAGUUCGACCAAGUCUUGAAAACACCAUCGUUCCUUAGACUUUCGGCUUCACAAGAGUCCGAAGCAGGCUUUACCGCUGUUAUGUCACAACUUCACGAUAUCAUUGACGGAAGUCAUCAAACUACAAAUUCAGCCAUUACAUCAAAGAUAAAAACCAGAGAAGAAAGGAGAGACUGGUGGAAGACAAGAUUCCUCUUGGAUACCCGGAUGAAAGAACUCGUGGACAUUGUUGAGUAUGAAUGGAUAUGUGGGUUCAAGGGAAUCUUCUCAAAAUGCGAGUAUUCCCGCUCAGAGUUCGAUUCUUUCAAGGCUGAGCUCCAACGGGUAUGGAAGUCGGCUAUUCACGUCGAGGAAGUGGAAUUCAGCGACUUUAUCACCGAGCUUUACCUCAACCUAGCAGCUAUCUCUGAAGCUGAGAACAAAUUUUACCUGACCUAA